AUGCCUUCCCCAAUUCCUCAACCCCGGGGACUUCCCAUUCUGGGAAAUCUCUUUGAUAUGAUCCCAGGGAACACCUGGGCUUCUUUGAACAAGCUCGCAGCAGAACAUGGCGGCGCUGGUAUCUUCAAGGUCAAAAUCCUUGGCAAACAACUCGUCUUCAUUACAAACGCGGCUCUUAUCGAGGAAAUUUGCGAUGAGAGACGCUUCCGAAAAUGUAUCACCGGCCCAAUUGUCGAGAUCCGCAGCCUUGCUCAUGACAGCCUCUUUACCGCAUUCGACAACGAGGAGAGCUGGGGUAUAGCGCAUCGUAUCAUGGCUCCAUUCGUAUUACCCGAAGCCGUCAAGCAAAUGCAUCAGGACAUCCAACUCACAACAGAUGAUUUGAUCAAAAAAUGGACCUCAGAUGGCAUCCAUCAGCACGUGGAUAUCGUUAAUGACCUGGACCGACUCAACCACGCCGCCAACAUGCAAUGCUUCUUCAGUCAGCACGUAGACUGUGUCCUUGGCAAAGAACCCACUGUCAUCAAAGCCAUGUCAGACACAACCUUUGAAGCCGCACGUCGACCCACGCGACCCAAGCUUCUCACCAAGCUACUCUACCAGAGCACCUUCGACAAGGACAUCAAGACCUGUCGCGACUAUUGCGCCCGGGCAAUUGCUCAUCGGCGCGAGAACCCCAUAGAAAAGAGGGACUUAUUCCACGCUCUACUAUACGAAAAGGAUCCCCAAACCGGCGAAUCCCUUCCAGACAGCCGUAUCGUCGACGAGAUAAUCAACAUCCUCAUUGGCAGUGCUACGACUCCAAACCUCGUCUCGUUCACUUUAUACUAUCUAACCAAAAACCCAGAAACAAUCACCCGGGCUCGCGAGGAGAUCGACACCCUCCUCGGCCCCUCCGGUCAGCUUGAACACUCCCAUCUCUCGCAGUUACCCUAUUGCGAGGCCAUCCUCCGCGAAUCCUUCCGCCUCUGCGCCCCAGCCCCAGGAUUCAACAUCGAGCCGCUGCCCACCGAUGCUCCUGUCCUGCUCGGAGGUGGAGAGUACGAGAUCCCCAAGACCCAGACCCUGAUCGUAAUUCUGUCGGCGGUCAAUCGAGACCCGGCUAUCUUUGACGAUCCCAAUGCCUUCAAGCCCGAACGCAUGCUCGGCGAAGCCUUUGACCGGCUGCCCGUUGGUGUAAAGAAGGGCUUCGGAAACGGGAAGCGCGAAUGUUACGGUAAGCGGUAUGCUUGGGACUGGUCGCUGCAUGUGCUCGUUCGCAUUCUGAGGGAUGUUGACUUUGGGUUGGCGGAUAAGGGGUAUACAUUUGAUAUGGAAGGGAAGAACUUCAAUGGUGCUUUUACUGUUAAGCCGUAUGGGAUGUUUUUCACUACUAGGAAGAGGGCAGUUGAUGUUUGA